UGUAGUUGUAAUGGCGGCCUCCACGAGUGACGUGAAUGCGGACCUCUUGUAAAUAGUGAACGAAAUUGCCGAAUGAUAGUGACAAGAUGAACCAGGAGAACUGUGCCGUUGUUUUAGAAACACUUCGCAAAGCGGCCAGUCAGAACGCUGAACAGCUAAAGCCUGCCGAGCAGCAGCUCAAGUGUUGGGAAACCGAAAAGUGGUUUUACUCGGCUUUGUUGUCCAUCUUUUCAGACCAUACUGUGGAAGUUAAUGUGCGGUGGUUGGCAGUCCUGUACAUAAAGAAUGGCAUCGAACGGUACUGGAGGAAAACAGCAACUAAUGCAAUAUCAGAAGAUGAGAAGAAAGUUCUGAGGCAGAAAAUGAUAUCAAAUUUUCAUGAGCCAGUCAACCAGCUUGCCUUACAACUUGCCGUGUUGGUGUCAAAAGUCGCCCGCUUUGACUGCCCGACUGAGUGGCCCGAGCUUGUGCCAACCUUGCUACAAGUUGUCCGAAACCCAGAUGAUCUUCCACAACAGAGGAGCCUGCUCGUGCUUCAUCAUGUCACAAAAUCGCUGGCAUCAAAACGCCUUGCUGGGGACCGAAGGGUGUUUCAAGAGCUUGCCAGCAAUAUCUUUGGAUUUAUAUUGCAACUGUGGACAAACCAGACAGAAGCCUUCCUUAACCAAAUGGCAAACAACCCGAACAAUGUGGGCAUUAUGCUUGAAAAAUCAUAUCUCUGCCUCAAAGUGCUUCGCAAGUUGGUGGUGCACGGAUUCAAGGAGCCAGCACGAGUACCCGAAGCAACAAUGUUCCUCACACUUGUAUUCCAAUGGAUGAAGCCUAUGCUGGAAUGCCGUAAGACCUUGAAGUGUAUCAACCCCAAUCUUCGGCUAAUUUGUGAGAAGUAUGUAGUGCUCUUUACCAAAGUGCUGCACGAUGUUUUGGAGCUGCAUCCAUUCUCAUACAUCCCUUUCAUCAAGCCGUCAUUAGAGACUGCAGUUUCCCUUUGCUUCACAGAAGCAGGAGAAGGUCUUCUUUUUGAAAGGUUUAUAGUCCAGUCCCUCAACUUGAUCAAGGCCAUUGUUUUGUGCGCAGAGUACUCUCCUUCAAAGAUUCCCGAUGACGUACAAGACCCUGCCACGAUGGAAGCUGCUCAGAUAAAAAUGACCUUUUUCACAUACUCUACGGUGACGGAGAUGUGCCGACGGCUAGUGCUGCACUAUUUUUUGCUCACUGAGGAAGAAUUGGCUACGUGGGAUAACGAUCCUGAGGGUUUUGCCUCAGACGGAGGUGGAGAAGCAUGGAAAUUUUGCCUAAGGCAAUGCAGUGAAGUCCUGUUCCUGACGAUCUUUCAUGAGUUUCGGGAGACAUUGGCUCCACUGCUGCUUGAGAUGAUCCAGGGGAUCCAGCCAGCUGAUGGCACCAUCAGCUUUCAGGCUAUGCUCAACAGGGAUGCAGUGUACACAGCUGUUGGACUCGCCGCCUUUGACUUACAUGAUGAAUUGGACUUUGACAAUUGGUUUCUUCACGUCCUUAUUCCGGAAUUGAAGGUUUCUGAGCCGAGGUACCGCAUUGUGCGUCGUCGUGUAGCCUGGUUAAUUGGCCAGUGGGUUGGUGUCAAAAUGUCACCUGAACUGAGGCCUGUCCUGUACAAGGCUCUGAUUGAGUCCCUUGAUCCAUCUGAAGAUCUUGUUGUUCGUCUCACAGCAGCUGGAGCCGUCAAAGCUGCUGUUGAUGAUUUCGAGUUCAACACAGAACAGUUUCUUCCUUACCUGGAAUCCUAUGUGUCACUCUUAUACAAGCUGUUGCAGCAAGUGACAGAGUGCGAUACAAAGAUUAGUAUCCUGCACGUGACAUCGUUCAUCAUUGAACGAGUAGGAAGCCAGAUAAUGCCGUUUGCGGGCGACCUGGUUCAGUACCUGCCCCUCCUCUGGGAAACGUGCGGCGAGCAUCACAUGCUACGUUGUGCCAUCGUCACCACUCUUGUCCAGGUGGUGAACGGCCUCGGCGCACAGUCUGAGCGAUUGCAUCCAUUUCUGCUGCCAGUGGUGGCGUUCGGGGUGGAUGUGCGCCAGUCCCCGCACGUCUAUCUGCUCGAGGAUUGUCUCGACUUGUGGUGGGCACUUUUGGCAAACACACGCUCCACUUCAGUUGAGCUGCUGCAGCUGGCGCAGUAUCUCUUUCCUCUCUUUGAGCUUGGCUCUGAAAACAUGAAGAUGUGCCUGCAAGUGGUACAAGCCUACAUCCUUCUUUUUCCUAAAGAGUUCCUACAAACAUAUGGUGACCGGCUGCUGAAGGCAACCACUGAUCUCGUGAAUGAUCUGAACCGUGAAGGCAUGCUGUUUGUCAUGAGGAUGGUGGAACUCGUAAUUCGGGUAUUCCCAGAACAGGGCCCUCAGCUUUUCUACCCUCUUCUGGUUCAUGCAUUGGAGGAGUGCCUGGAAGGGGAGAAAGCUUCCAUGCUGACAUCAGUCUGCCUGUCCAUCAUUUCUCGAGUCAUCUUACAUUGCAAGUCCUGCUUUACAAAGCUUCUUCAAGAAGAGGCACAAGGCAAGGGUUGUGAUGCAGAGGAAGUCUUUGGGAACCUGCUGGACAAGUGGAUUGAAAAGAUGCCUCUUGUUAACCCAGUCGAGAGGGAGAAGCUUCUGGCCCUUACGCUCACUUCUAUACUAACAUCUAAUUCUAAUGCCGUGUAUGAACGAAUAUGUGGAAUUCUUCUGGCUGUUGUGGAAGUGCUGAAUGAUGUCACAAAGUGUGACAAUCUGGGAGCCCAAGUGGAUUCACUGGUUAUUAUGGACAAUGAACCUAUUCCACCGAAUGAAGAAGAGAGUGAACAUGAUCGCCGUAAGAUAGAGCUUUCCAGGCAGGACCCAGUGCACACGGUAGCCCUGCGGGACUACCUUUGCUCGCAGAUGCGCAGCCUGCGCGAGUCCCUCGGCGAACGCAACUUCGAGGAGCUCAUGGCCCAGGUCGACGUGGAGACCAUGCAGCAGCUGAAGACCUACCUGGAAGGAAACAGCCAGACCAACGCGGGUAGCGCAGCGUACGCUGCUCUCUUUGCCUCUGGCAACCAGAACAUCACGGCCACCCUCCACACUUCUAACACUCACCCAACCUGAUGGACUGCAGCCAUUCUGCUGCCCCCACUUCCACUCUCGCUCUUAAACUUUUUUUUUUUUCGUAAUAAUGAAAGAAAAAAAUGAAAGAGUGGUUGUGUGUAAAAAGAUAUAUUUGGUUGGAUGGAGGUGUGCUGUGGAGAAUGACAAAUGCUGGCUAGAGUUUAUGACAUUGUAUAGCACUGUUGAUGCAGUACUGUGCAAGAGAAAGUCGCCAUUUUCUUUUUCUUCUUCUUUUUUAGCAGUUUGUGGCUCAGGAAGAACGAGGAGAAACAUGUUCCUGCUAUGAUUGGUGUGGGCAGGACAGUAACAUUGCUGGCAUUGGUUGAUUGUCCAUUUAAUCUGUUCAGCCCACGUUUUUAUCACUUUAUAUUUUUCUCUGUGGCUAAUGUAGAGGACCCCUGACCUUUAAGGUUGGCACUUGAAUGACAUGCUUUGUCGUUACUGUGAACUUGCAAAUGUUUGAGGCUGUCACACUGCGAAUAACCUGGAUGCUACCUAAAUGUAAGUGAUUGGAUGUGUGUUGAGAGACAUGGUUACUUUUUUUUGAUAAUGAACUGCUUUCAAGCUGCUUUAAUUGUAGCUGCGCAAGAGAAACUUGCAAGGUUUUUAUGCUCUUUAAGCUUUUCUUCCUGCGGUAUAAGAUCAAUUGAACGAAAACAAUUUGUAUUUUUUUUUUUUGUUGUUGCGCUAGUAAUGAAAUGAACAUAUGCUAUUGCAUUUGCAUGUUUUUUGCUUUUUGAGCAGUUAUUUCAUUUGGGAACAAAAAAAGCGCGCAAAUGCAUCUCUGUUUAAAAAUAUUUUAAGUUACGUGUUUGUCCAGUUAGAUUUUUUUUUUUUUAGCUUUUAUACUGUAGACAGUAGCCGGCCGCACUAUUUUUUUUUUUUCUUGCUAGGUCCAAAUUCAUCUGAAGUAGUAUGACUAAUCUGCUUGUUCAAACACUUUAUCAUAAUUGUAUAGCCUUUCUUUUUCCUGCAAUUUCCAUCCAGUCGAACCCAGAUAUAUCGAACCCACAUAUAUAAUGAAUUAUUGUGUAUAACAAACAGCAGUAAAAUCCCCAUGAACAUUUUGUAUAAAAAUUUAUUUUAUAUAUCAAAUUACUUGUAUAUCUAACUUUUUGUGAUCCCCUUCUGAUUCGGUAUAUCCGGGUUCGACUGUAGUACUUUUAGAUUGCCCGCUCAGAGAGGCACAACAUUCAAGCUUAUUCAAGGAGACACCGUCUAUACAGAUGUUGGAGAACAUUUGGCUUACAGUCAAUAUGUGCAUUUUUCUGUUGCUUUAAUUUUGUGCUGUUUGUUGAUAUGAUGACUUUUUUUAUAUAGUCUUCAUUCAGUUUGAAAUGAUCAAUUCAUGCAGCGCUUCUAUGAUGUAAAUUGUAAGUUCUUUGCUUUAAUAUUGACAAAGUCUUGCACAAGAGUGUCUAUUAGCUGGAGCAUGGAGGGCAUGAUGACAUUCAACGACAAAGCGGGAAUAAAAGAAAAUACAGGCAUUGUACCAUGCAGUGUGAGAAGCUAUAUACUUAAAAUUCUUUCACUAGUGUCUUGCAGCAACACUGCUCUGGCAAUUGACUCCUGAUGCCUCAUUUGGCUUUCAUAAUUUCUUUUUUUUUUUUUUUUGUUGUUGUAAAAGUGGUCAUUUUAUGACGAAUUUGUUUGUUUGGAGGAAUGACCUGUACUGGCAUUGGUGCAACUACAUCCUGAUUUACACUGUCUUCUCUCAGUACAUCUGAGUAAAAGCUGCACGUUUUUUUUAUUUGCACUCUUGUUUAUAUUGCCAAUGACAGAGAUGCUUGUUUUUGUUACAUAAAAGCAAAGGUUGUUAAUAAAUGUUUCCCACGCCAA